UUGUUUGCCAGAUACACAGUGUUCCCUUAAGCCUCCCCAGAGGAUUAACGGGCUUUGACAGAGCAGGGUUCCUGGGUGCUCAGAGAAAGGAAAAAGAAAACAUUUCUUGAGGCAGCACUUGGAUAUCCUCAUUACAUUUACUGGGUGAUUCGGGUAGAUUCUGAAGCAGAAAGUCUUGGUGGUUGCCAGGUUGAGAGUGACUGGGAGGAUGAGUCCGUGCUCGGAGCCAGUGCGACUGACCUCGCGUUGCUUCCUGUAUUUGGCAGCAGAUGUGGGCAGAGCACACAGAAAGCUGUGUCGUAGGGCAGUGCACUGGGUUUGCAUGGCAAGGGUUUGGUAGCAGGGGGGCUACAGGGGGGGCUUCUAUAAGAAGAUGCCAGAAGCUUCCCUCAUGUCCCAUUAGUUCAGCCUUGGCCAAGGGCUUUAUUAGAGAUGGUGGUAGCACCCCUGUGAUAACAUUAGAGGGCAGGAGCACCUCUGUUAUGAGACAGGCUGAGAGAGCUGGGCUGGUUCAGCCUGGAGAAGAGAAGGCUCCUUAAGGGGAGACCUUAGAGCAGCUUCCAGUGCCUAAAGGGGCCCACAAGAAAUCUGGAGAGGGGCUUCUGACAAGGGCCUGUAGGGACAGGACAAGGGGGAAUGGCUUUAAUCUGACAGAGGAAGACUUAGAUGAGACAUUAGGCAGAAGUUCUUCCCUGUGAGGGUGCUGAGGCGCUGGCACAGGGUGCCCAGAGAAGCUGUGGCUGCCCCAUCCCUGGCAGUGUUCAAGGCCAGGCUGGACACAGGGGCUUGGAGCAAUCUGCUCUAGUGGAAGGUGUCCCUGCCCGUGGCAGGGGGUUGGAACUGGAUGGGCUUUAAGGUGCCUUCCAACCCAAACCAGCCUGGGAUUCUAUGAAUUAGGGGGUGGGGAGUGCCUUGGGAAUCUGUUCAGUUCAGGUGUCUCCUCACUGUCUUCCAGAUCUCUCUCACAUGUCUUUUGAGGAACUGCUGCAGGUGCAGAACAACUCAAGAACAAGUGUGUACAAGCAGGUGACCAGAGGGAAGAAAACUGCCAAACCUACCAAAGCUACAGUGAAGCAGCAGCAACAAGGCAAAAAGGGGCCGUUGGAGAUGUCUGCCAAGAAACCUGUACCUUUCCUGCGCCAGGUCAUCUCUGUUAGAAAGAAGGUCCGCAGAGACCCUCGAUUUGAUGACCUGUCUGGAGAGUAUAAGCCUGAAAUAUUUAUGAAGACUUACAGCUUCCUGGACAGCAUCAAGAAGCAGGAGAAAGAGAUGAUUCAGAAGCAGCUGAAAAAAUGCCGGAACGUGGAGCAGAAAGAGAAACUCCAGCAGCUCCUGAACCGCAUGACACAGCAAGAACAGGCACAGCAAAAACAGCAGAAGUUGAGGGAGAGGGAGCUGUCUUGGAAGAGACAACAGAGGGAAUUGGCCAAGCAGGGAAAGAAACCCUUCUUCCUAAAGAAAUCUGAGAUGAAGAAAUUGGAGCUAGCCGAGAAGUAUGCGGAGCUGAAGAGAAGUGGGAAGCUGGAAAGCUUCCUGAACAAGAAGAGGAAGAGGAAUGCCAUCAAAGACAAGCGUCGCCUGCCCUCGCAGAAGAACUUGUGACUGCUGGACAGACGUGCUCUUCUCCGGCACUGGGACUCACUCUGCCCAGGCCUGGCCCUCUUCCCAGUACCUGUCUAUCACUGCACACUGCUGAUGUAAGGCAGCAGAGCGGAGUCUGAGCUAAAGAAAAUAGUGCUUUUUGUAGGUGAAAUGUCCUCUUCACUGUGGUUUACACCACACCUGGGUGGUGACAAGUCUGUCAUGCAGGAGCACUUGUCACUGAGAGCUGUCCCCAUCCGUGCACCCAUCUCUUCCUGUAGCUGUGAGAGCACAAGCCCCACACUGCGUUGCUGCCUCUACUUCCAGGUUUUAUCAUUCACCGCCUGAGGUGGGAAAGGCUCUUGGGCAGGAGGGCGCUGGCUCAGAGCAGGGCUGGCACUGACUUCAGGCCAGGUUGCCCAGGGUUUCCUCAGUUGUGUCUGGGAAAAUCCAAGGACAGAUGCUACCACCUCUCUUGGCCUCUGCUCCACUGCUUCAAGUUCUCAAGAUGCAGACUUUGUUUAACCCUUAUCUAGGAAACCUGCCUGUUUUUUAGUCCCUAAUCAUUGUCUUGUUCUCAGGGGAGUGCUUCCAUCUUCUCUUGUCAUAGGUCUUGGGGGUGAGUGAAAAAGGGAUCUGUUAGAUCUCCCUAAAGCCCAAGGGUAAAUAAACCCUCUUCCCUCAGCCUUUCCUUGCAGUGCUCCUGCCUCUGAUAACUUUCACAUCCUCAAAUGGAGUCAGCCCAGAGCACCAACAUCUGUCUUCUGGGGGAGCAGCCAGGAUGCAGUGUCUGGAUGUAGUCUCACAAGUGCAGUGUAGGAAAUAAAACACCUCUCUUUGCCUUUAUUCCUGGCAGCAGUGCCAGUGCAGGCAAAAGUGAA